CACCCCUACCACUAGUACCUAGUCCUCACCUUCUGAGGAUGUGCCCACAAGAUGGCUGCAGUGAAGAGUCUAUCUUCUCCGUGACAAACUUCGAAUUUUCCUGACGAACACUACGCAUUCCCCUCACUUCUUCACGACUAUCAACUCUUCUUAAACGAAAGUGCUAGUGUGGCCAACGUGACCCAAACUGGACCUCGAAGGCUUAAAAUGACAAAUCCAUGGUUUGCAUACCAGUGCAGAUCUGGAGAGAUUUUAUUUUACUACAAUAAAGAAACUGGAGAACAUAGACUGGCUGACCAAUACACUAAAGCAGACCAAGGAAUCCGCGAUAAUGACCAUCUAUCCUCCACUAACAUAAUCAAGGAGGACGUAUUCGCCAAGGCAUGCAAGGCUGUGUGUGGGAAGAGCGACCCAGUGGAGGAAAGUCAAGGGACCGCACCCUGCAAAGAGUUGUACGCUGUGUGUACACAGGCUUCAGGUCAAGCAGCUGACCUGAUCGCAUCUAGUAAAGGCACACGUACCGUUGGCACUGAGACGUCUGAUCUAUUAGCUGGCCAAGUUCUUGAGUGGCUUAAAGAUUGCCACAACGCCCAGGAAGACUUGAAGAAAAAGCAACUGGGCAAUAGUUCAGAGAGCUUGAAGGUUUUUAAUAAUGUCUCAACACAGACUGAUUGGCCACUUAAUGAAAAUUCUAAGGAGGAACACGUCCGCUCUUUAUGGACAGACGGUUUAAAAGUUACCGAUAAUUUUAAGGGUUUGAAUUGUAACUCAACACAGACCAGUGGACUAUUCAAUGGAAUCUGCAAAAGAGCACAUAGCGACUGCUCUCUACUGAAGAAUGGUCAUAAUAGAUGGUCUCUUGAAACAAAGAGCUUAGACGCCAUGCUAGAAACUGGUGGGAAAUCACCUUACCCAAACGUUGUUCCACCUUCUACUCAGAUAUUUGAUUCAGCUUCAAGCAUUCUGAAGACGGACUACAGUCUUACCCAAUGUGUCAAAGAGUCAUCUAGGAAAAGAAAGUACUCUGAGCUUGAUUCAGACGCAGAUAUGCCCUGUCCGUCUGGCACCUUGCUCGAUCAAUUCCCUGCUCCAUUUUCAGAUAGCAAAAUCGAGAGGUCUUUGAAGUAUGCACGUGAAAGAGAAGUAACUAUUGCGACGGUCACAAAGGAGACAAACUGUGAGAUGGAGCCCAUCCUGUCACAAGAAUUACCAAGUCAAGCACAUACUGUAGUGGCCCAAGAAUCGCCUGCUUGUAUGCUUAGCAAUUCUAAACAAGAUCUGCAUUGCAACGAUUCGCAGCAUCCACAAGAAGUUCUAAGUCAAGUGCAGUCUGUUCAAGAUGCUUCUGCUUGUGCUUCAUAUUCAGAACAAAAUCUGCAUACGUUCACAUACAAGUACCGGGUACCUGAUAAGGUCAAGCUGUAUGGGUGUUCACAUUGCACUAAGUCGUUCACGUCAGCAAGCAUCCUAGAGAGACACCUCUUCUUUCACUCAGGAGCCAGAAAGGCCAUGUUGGAAGCUGAAGAAGCGGAGACCUUAAAGCAAGUGGCCGAGGGAGCUACCCUUUCCCAAGCCAUGCCUGAUGGGUCAUCUGUCGCAGCGGAGCAGAAACAAGAUGUUAUGGGUAAAACUCGGGCAUCUUCUGCCGUAGACGAGACCAAUGGGGACGUGAAGGCGCCUAGCAAGCCAUCCAUGAAGCAGAAGCCUAUAAUAACAUCUCUUCCUCUAGUCCACCGUUGUGAAAAAUGCCAUAAACGAUUCGCACUGUUGGAGGAACUAAGAGAGCAUCAACUCACGCACAAAGAUCGGCGAUUAGUUUGUAAGCACUGUAAGAAGGUUUUCUUUGCAAUGUCGAGCCUUAAAAAGCACGUCAUAACAGCGCACGAUUCGCAGGCGCCCUUCUGGUGUCCUGUAUGCGACCGGGACUACUCGCGUAAAGACAACCUUGCUGUACAUAUGAUGAACGCUCACUCGACUACUAAUAGCAAGAAAGUUGGACCAAAAGGCAACCGUUGUAAAGACUGUGAUAAGAGAUUUGGGACAAAGCGGAGUCUCUUCGGGCACCUUAGUGUUUGCAAGAGAAAGAAAGGGUAUAUCAACGAGGAACGCGACCUAGAUGCGAUUGAGGCUAAUGCUUCUGAUAGUGCUUCAGUUAAUCAGGUUGAACAAGGCAAGAAUGACCACAGGCAUGCUUGCAUACACUGUGGGAGGUCGUAUUUCUGGCGUAAAAAUCUUGUGAUGCACCUCAAGCAAUGUCAAGACUACCAAGUGCUCUUCGAGCGCAGUGAAAGGCUGUACUCAUGCGACAAGUGCAGUAAGAAGCUGAAAAGUUUGAACGAGUUGAUGCUUCACCAGUGCUCACACAUCGCAGAGGCACACCCAGACCGACCUCUCCAUCAGUGCUACAGAUGUCAACGUGUGUUUCACAAUAAGUUCUUCUUGAGGAAGCAUAUGGACCUGGGGAAGUGCGAUGCGGUUAAGAAACACAAGUGUCAGUUGUGUAGCCGAAGUUUCCUUACUCAACCAGACCUUUCUAGGCACAUGAGGUGCCAUGAGAAAAUGACACCAAGCAAGCAGGAGACACGGGAAGAACAGAAAACUACAGCAGUCCCAACCACGAUGGACUCCAGUGCUUACCAGUGUAAUAACUGUUCAAAAGCAUUCGACAACAGUGCGAGUCUCUCCAGACACUUGGGGUGGCACGGACGGAAAACACCCAACAAGCACGAGACGCAGGAAGUGAAGGCAACAAGUAGUCCAUCCACGACGGAGCCAUUUGCCCAUCAAUGCACUUGCUGCUCAAAAAAGUUUAAUAACAGCUCAAGAUUUUUGAAACACAUGACAUGGCAUACGAAGACGCGAAGACUAGACAGCCCACCAGAAGAGGAGAGAGCUAGUCCAUCCACGACAGAGUCUGCGGUUUACCAGUGCACUCAGUGCUCCAAAUCUUUCAGCAACAGCUCUAGUCUUGCGACACACAUUGGCUGGCACUUAAGAAUGACAUCUCACAAGCAGGAACUUAAAGGAAAGAAGGCGACAGUUGGUUCCUAUCCUCACAAGUGCAUUCACUGCUAUAAAGCAUUUUCCAACAGCUCCAGGCUCGCGAAGCACUUGGCAUGGCAUGCGAAGGCGCAUAAACUUGACGUCCCACAAGAAGUUGAGACAGCUAGUCCACUGGAGUCUACCUUUUAUCAGUGUAGUCAUUGCUCUAAAAUUUAUGACAACAGCUCAAGUCUUGCGAGGCACAAAGCUCGGCAUGAGAUGACGGGAAAAUCUGUCAACCCACAAGAAGAGGAUGAUGUAACGGCUAGUCUUACCACGAUGGAGUCUCUUGCUCAUCAGUGUACUUUUUGCUCUAGAUCUUUCCAUGACUACUCAAGUCUCGCGAAGCACACGACAUGGCAUAGGAAGAGAUUGAAACUCAAUAGCCCACAAGAUGUAAAGGCAAUACCUAGCCAAACUGCGAUCGCAAAUGACGCACAUAGGGUGUCUCAAAACAAGACUCCAGCAGCUAGUUCAUCCAGCAGCGCGUCUGGCGAUCAUCAAUGUACUCAGUGUUCAAAAUCAUUCAACAGCGGAUCAAGUCUCGCGAGGCACUUUGCAUGGCACAAGAAGGCGAGUGACGUUCAAUGUCAUGAAAAUAGCACGGCUGCUUUGGACUCUCAAGUGGAGGAGAAACCAAACGCUAAACCCUCCAAAAUGGAAUUUUCAGAUCACAAGUGCACUCACUGCUCAUUAGCGUUCAAAGACAGCUCCAGUCUCGCAAAGCACAAUGCAUGGCAUGCGAAGACCUUCAAACAAAAAGACAAAAGGGGCGCACCGCUAGACCAGAAUAGGACGACUGUUUUUAGUAAAGCUGAGAUGCGAUAUCUCGAGAAGCACUACCGAUGCAUGAAGUGUUUUUCAGUGUAUUCUUCCAGGAAUAACUUCUUACGGCACGUAUCGAAGGCGCAUUUGUACGACACGUAUUACCAGUGCCACAUGUGCGGGAGUUCCUUCACUUCCAUGGAGGACCUGACCCAGCAUACCCUUCGUAAAACGCGCUAUUGCAUGCCUUACACGUGCACAGAUUGCGGAGAGUCAUUCGCCAAGUGUCUACUGCUUUUGAAUCAUAGGAUAUCUGCUCAUCCUGCCAUCACUGAACCGUCCGUGGCUCCUACGAUUACUGAGCAGUCUGUGAAUCCUGCCAUCACUGAGCAGUCUGUGAAUCCUGCCAUCACUGAGCCGUCCGUGGCUCCUACCAUUACUGAGCCGUCUGUGAAUCCUGCCAUCACUGAGCAGUCUGUGAAUCCUGCCAUCACUGAGCCGUCCGUGGCUCCUACCAUCACUGAGCCGUCUGGGACUCCUAUCAUCACUGAGCCGUCUGCGCCUGCCAAUAAGUCCAACGCGCAGAAGUCCAAGGGGAAGAGGUUCCAGACUCUGUGGCGCUGUAGCAUUUGUAACGCCGCGUUUGUUAGACUGGGGAAUAGAUUACGACACGAGAAACUGCACACGUGCAACACGUGCGGUAUGGUGUUCAGGACAAUCGAAGAGGCGUACAGACAUAACCAAAGCUGUAGCCAGUAACAAUCCUUUAUGGAUCUCAGGUCCCUUCUCGCCCCCAUAGCAGGACAAUCGAAGAGGCGUACAGACAUAACCAAAGCUGUAGCCAGUAACAAUCCUUUAUUGGUCUCAGGUCCCUCCUCGCCCCCAUAGCAAAGUUAAGGUGGUGUUACACGGGAUAACAUGCAACCAAAACUUUUCACGAUGCAUUGUAUCGUAUCCAUUCUGACAUGUUGCCAAACAAAUGUUACACGGAAUAACUUUCCAGAUAUUCGUCAUCUUGUGAUGCAUGUUUUCGAAGCGGGUUCAAAAACACGCAACAUGUUGUCGAAUGAAAUGAUACGCGGAAAGGUGUGUGCUGCGCGACGGUCAAAAGCUUUCCACGAUACAAUGUAUUGCGAAGUUUUUGUUGUAGGUAACACCACCUUAAAAAAAAACUUUAGGCCUCCUUUUGGUGAUGCGUAGUCCAGACCUGGGGCUCUCUUUGCGCUCGACAUUCUGGCUCGCGUUUUAGAAUGUCGUGCGCAAAGAGAGUCCAAGGUCUGGACUAGGUGAUGCGAUGAACAUUUACAAGGAUAUUUCUGGCUUAUUUUUUUUCACCCAUACUCCCCCUUUUAAAGAAAUGAAUUCCCCUUAAUAUGCAUUGACACGGCAUGUACCUGGGCUCAUAACCGCCCCCUGAUAGAACAAUCAAAAACACCUGUUGCAUUUACCUAGGGAUUUACUCUGUCAAAUGCAAAAUGAAAGAGCACGAAGGAGUUAGUGAUGUAUCAAACUCAUUGAUUACCUUUCACCAUGCGUCUUUCAUUAAUGUUUUGUAUGCCACUUGGAAUCAUAGAAAUAUUGUGAAAUCCAUAAUCGGCAUAAAAUGAAGGAAAUAAGCAAUUGAUCCCACAUUAUCAUGCCAGUUUUCAAAUAACAUGUGCAUGAUUCUUCCCGACGCCUUCGUUAACACGUUAUUACUAUGCCUUUAACAAUGCCCUGCUCUUGAAUAGUUUAGAAAAAUAAGAAAUCGUGACUAAACUUGCCGUAUGUUGAAAGGUUGUUUUGACUUUUUCGCUAGUUAUAAUUGCUGUAGAUAGAGGGAAGGGAUAACUCUUUUUGCAAUAAAUACUGAGAUUUCAAAUAAAUAAGAAUAUUUUUAAAUAGAACAAGACAAGAAAAAUUAUUUUGAUGACAUAUUCUUUGAAAAGGCCUAAAUAGAAUGCCAUUGCGGAUUAUUUUUAGAUGCUACUAAUUUAUUAUUGGACCGAAAAAAAAUAGCUUUUAUUUAUUGACGUCUUGGUAUUAUUUUAUGUAACUACAAACAGACAGACACAAUAAAAAAAAAAGUUUUGA